AUGGUGCUAUGCACCUCCGCCUAUGAGAACAGGUGUCAUUUCGGGCUCCAUGAGUUUUUCAUCACCGUUAAACUAGGAAAUGUCCAAGGAAAUGUUAACUUAUUAUCAUUAUUAUUAUUAUUAUUAUUAUUAUUAUUAUUAUUAUUAUUAUUAUUAUUAUUAUUAUUAUUAUUAUUAUUAUUAUUAUUAUUAUUAUUAUUAUUAUUAUUAUUAUUAUUAUUAUUAUUAUUAUUAUUAUUAUUAUUAUUAUUAUUGAAUAACUAA